GGGAGCCCGAGAUGGUGGGCGCCGGGGCGCCGCUGCUGCCGCCCUUACUGCUGGUGCUGCUGCCGGCACUGCUGCGGGGCGCGGCGGGCGGCCUGGCCGACAGCGUCGUCUGGGCCGUCAACGCGGGCGGCGAUGCCCAUGUGGACGUGAACGGCAUCCACUUCCGCAAGGACCCGCUCGAGGGCCGCGUGGGCCGAGCUUCUGACUAUGGUAUGAAGUUGCCAAUCUUGCGGUCCAAUGCAGAAGAUCAGAUUCUGUACCAGACCGAGCGUUACAACGAGGAAACCUUUGGCUAUGAAGUUCCCAUUAAAGAGGAAGGUGACUACGUGCUGGUGUUGAAGUUUGCAGAGGUCUAUUUUGCACAGUCUCAACAGAAGGUAUUUGAUGUUCGCUUGAAUGGCCAUGUGGUGGUGAAGGACUUGGACAUUUUUGACAGAGUUGGACACAGCACAGCUCAUGAUGAGAUCAUUCCCAUGAGUAUCAAAAAGGGGAAGCUGAGUGUCCAGGGAGAGGUUUCCACGUUCACGGGGAAGCUCCACAUUGAGUUUGUAAAGGGCUACUAUGACAAUCCGAAAAUAUGUGCCCUAUACAUCCUGCAAGGAACAGUGGAAGAUGUUCCAAAGCUGCAGCCGCACCCGGGUCUGGAGAAGAAAGAGGAAGAUGAUGAUGAAGAUGAAUAUGAUGAUGGCUCCAGUGUUAAAAAACAGGCAAAUAAGAACCGGGUUCAGUCAGGCCCACGCACACCAAACCCCUAUGCCUCGGACAACAGCAGCCUCAUGUUUCCUAUAUUGGUGGCCUUCGGUGUCUUCAUUCCUACCCUCUUCUGCCUCUGCCGAUUGUGAGAGCAAGCCCCAAAGAGCAUCAGCCGAGGGGCUGGGAGGGAAGGAGUUGGACCAAACACGGUUGCUUUCAAUUUCUCCAUAUUGUUCAUAAUUUAAGAAAAAAAAAAAGAUAAAAAAAAAAAGGAAAAGAUGAUUCAUUUGGAAUGAAUAGCAGGUCCGGGUAAGAGGGAGCUUACCUUCCCCCUGCCAGCAAGCAGCGAGGCCCUCACCUUCCCCUUUGCACCAUGUGCAGCCUCCAAUCCUCCCUGGGGCAUCCAAGAGUAAACUGAGUCCUGGCUUGUCUGUGUGUUGGGCUGUUGGAAGCUGAUGCUAGCAGUCCUGGGCCAUGUCCCACGCUGAGAGAAAGCCAUGUGCUGCAAGAUCUCUGCCUUUUGCUGGGUGGAAUACGGUUCCUUAAGCAGGAAAGCAGCUCUUAAAACCAGGCCUGGGUACACAUUUUGUCCGGGAGCGUGGAAGUGUUGUGGUGCUGUUGGGUGACUAAAGACUAUGGAGGAUGGAGCCUGGCUCAGCAUCUCCCUGAAUGUGUGCAACACGAUGUAUGGUACUCGCCUGCAGAAAGAUACCAAGACUCCAGCUCAGCCUCUGUGGAGAUGUUCCCCUCCUAAGAGUGCAAGCUGCACCGGGAGCAGAGGGAUUUAUCUGGCCUGAUAUGCUGCACCGGUUGGGAGAGACUUUCCUAGUCUGACAAUUGUAACGUUAGAUCCAUUGCAGAGGGAUUCUGCUGUAGCCUGCGAGAGGCUGACGUUGUUUGCGUCGAUCAGAUGCACUUGUUUUCUGUAUUGAUUAUGGCUUUUGUUUUCUUUUAUAUCCUUUUCUUUUUCCAAGGUCUCAUUUUAAGCCCAGUUCCUUGUUUUGCCCUUUCUAGCAAGUGACCUCUCCUUUGGAAGAAGCUGAGAAUCAGAUGACCUAGAGACGAGGUUGUGGACUUGUUCCUUGAUCUUCCUAGCGGUUAGCUCCACUCUUGGUGACUGUGAACAGCCUGUGCCGUAGGACAGAGCAGAUGCUCCCUGUGAGCUCCUGUCCCCUGUCCUAGGGACCAGGCCCCCCUGCAGUGGUCAGAAGUGCAGUGGAGUUGGGCGGUGUCUUCAGUCAGCUCGGCCUUUUGCGCAUCGAGGCGCUGUGGUGAAGGCGCAGAUGUCCAGUGUUUCAGUACUGUAGAGCAAGGUGGUUUGUUGCCCUUCCAGAGAUCUGGAAGCGAGGAGAACACUGGAGACAAGGUCACCUGCUUCCCCCAGGGAUAUUUCUCCAAGAGGCUUCUGUUUCCACACACGGGGCCUGUCCUUGCCUGACAGAGGCCGAGCAGAGCGAAAGCCCUCGCUGUGCCUGCUGAUCCAGGGCUGUGGGCCCAAGGAGCUGCCUCCUGGUGGUCUUGGCCUCUGACAGUGCUGAGCACUUCGGGUGGGCGGGAGGGAGAUGUUCUGUGUCCUGUUCUCCUGCUGGAGCAGGAUCUGGCCCGGGCAUGGCUGGGUCCUUGUGGGUCAGCUUCCAUCCUGGUGAGCUCUGGGCUUGCAGAACACUUUACCUCACGCUCUCUCCGGUGUUCUCAGAAGUGCUCUCUCUCUCACUGAGCAGUGUCCUGCUGCUGCUCCUCCUGGGGCCUGAGUUUUCCGAGCGAUUGUUCCUGGGUUUGAUCCUCUGUCGUGGCUCAGCCUUUCUUUGAGCUGAAAAGGGUCAGCAGAAUUCCCCGGUUUCUGGAAAGGAAACUGGAGGAGUGGCCUUUCUGUUCUGCCCAAGCAGCUGAAGCCUUCUCUUCCUCCUAACCCUCAAGCUGUGACAUGGGCUGCCAGCUCACGGGCUCCAGAACAGGAGCUGAGGGAGUUGUUAAAGCACUGCUAUAGGCCUGACUCUAGUUCUGUGUCUGUGAGCUCAAAAGCAAGCAGUAGGACCUUAAUUACCUUCUCUCUAAUUGCCCGAGUGUUAACAGCCAGUUUGGGAGAAGCAGGAGGGUCCUUGCCACACCAGAAGGAGAAGACAGGUUUUAGAGAGGGCAGAUCUUAAGGGCAAACCUUAGGAUGGAAAGGUGGUAAGCUUGAAGUUGCCUGCUUCAUCUCCUAGCUGCUGUUAAAAUCCUUGUACUUGCAAAACUCUUAUGAAAUACGAGCUCUGUUAUGUUUGGUGACAAUGCCUGCAGAGAUUCUCCAGCGUUUUUUUUGGGGGGAUUGCUGUAACUAGAGCACACAGACAUUUAGAUCUUUAUCAGUUUUGAGAAGCAUGAACUGGGCUGAUUUGUUAAGCAAAGAACCUGAACUUGAAAGCAGGCUUCUCUGCAAGGAGCUGUUCUCCUCCAGGCCUUUCAGGUUCCAUUUUAUUUGAGCAUCCUUGAAGCAAGGAAUCACUCAGCUUCUCGUGGCUCACCCAGUAAUCUCUGCACCUUGCCUAGCAAGGGAAAAGGGGCGUGCAUUUAGGUGUGCAAGAGUCGGAGACAAGUCUUCUAGGAUAGUUUAUCCCUGCCUCUCCUGACAGCCAGGGCACCCAUCUGGUGCCAUCCACUGCCCUGAGGCGAAGCUGAGCAGGGUGUGGAUCUGUUGUGUUCCAGUUGCUGGGUUCAAAUGAAUUUGUCUUAUUUGAAUAAGAAUAGGGAGGAGGAAUAGUUCAUCCUUCACAGCUUCCAUUUAGUUGUUUUGGCUCUGGUUUUAUGCGUUUAUGUCGCUACAGAGCUGGUGGUUGGGGGCGUUCCUGACCCUGUUAUGAGCAGUUUUCCUUGUUGGCCCAUGCCUUCCUGAGAGGUUUGCCUUGGAAGGAGCCUUCAAACAAAGCGUGUGGGAACACAGGAGCAUGGUAGGGCAUAACCAGUCGGCAGCUCACUGGGAAUGGCAUACUCAGGCUGGUUCCCCUUGCCAUCUCUGUCUGGUGCCUGCAAGCCAGCCAGGUGGGCAUAAUGAGGUCAUGCCCACCAAUUAAAGACAAAGUUGAGUUGGCUGUAGUUUUCCAGUGUGAGUGUUUGAGGAAAUAGGCAAGAUGGUGUUUGAGAGGGGUUUGAGACAAGCUGGUUUGUGCUUUGUUGUCCCCAGGAAGAUGAAGUGUGUGUCCCUUGGCUGGGGAGCUGGGUCAGAUGAGACCUUGGUGGAGCAGUUGUGUAGAGAGGGGUAGAUAAGGCAAUUCUAAUAAAGCUUCUGCUUAAUAAAGAGGAGACAACACCAUUGAUCAUCUUUUGGGCCCUGGAUUCAGCCUCGGGAUAGUGUUUCCAAAGCCUGUUCUAAUUACUGCCCCCUCCUCCCUUCAUACCUUUGAGCCAGGCUGUUUCCCCUUCUGUGUGUGUGACUGAAACAACAGCUCUGACCCUUUGGAGUUUCCCAGGUGGCCGUGAGCAGAAAGCCAAAUAAAUUCCCUUCUCUUUUUGGUGCCUUUGUCUCAGGCUUUGAAUAAAAGUCUAUUUGAAGAA